GGCUGAAGUGAUGUAGGUCGCAGGCCAGCAGACUGCUCCGAAUCAUUUGUAGACGAAAUAAUUCAUUCUGUAAGCCCAUUGGUAAUUAGGUCGUCCUUUCUGUGAAACAGCAUCAGACCCAGUUUUGGCGUUCAGCUGAUUCGAGCAAGAUCAACGGGAGCCAAAGGGCGGGGCUCGUCAUAUCUGCCGAUUGUUUUUUCGUGCUCUUCCGGGAUUCCUCAAGUGAAACUGUUUUGACUGUUUAGCGAAACUCGCCCUGCCCACAGUCUCAACAAAGAAUUCAUGGCGAUCGGCUGCCGUUUGAUACUGAUGCCCUCUCACCUGCUUAGUUAGUUAACCUGACAUCCGCUGUAAAGAUUGACUGAUCUAACCACCAUGAUGCACUACGAACGAAGCAAAUCACAAGUGUUCCAAGUGCCAUCCGCCUUAGCGGUGGCACAAACUGCUCCCGAUGCCAACCGUUUCGGAGAAUGUAUUUGCAUCCUAAUGCGGUGGAAAGGAAGCAUUUACAAACUGGUAUGGCGAAACUUGUUGCUGUACUACGCGCUCUAUUACAUGCUCACUAUACUGCAUAAAUUCAUCCUUGAUGAGGACGGACAAAAAACAUUUAUGGCGCUGGCUAAAUAUUGUUCGAGAAAUGAAAAUUCUUUUAAUUUCAUGAUCAUGCUGGGCUUCUUUACGUCGACGGCAAUGCAGCGUCUCUUCUCCAUGCAAACGAUGAUGCCCGGCACGGCUAAAGUCAUCGGCUGUUUUACUUUAGCAAUUAAACCAAAUAUGCCUGAAGGCCCGUUCAUAGUUGAACAAUUUGCUCGUUGGACUGUCAUAGCAUGGAUUUUAACAUUCCGUUUGGUAAGCAAACCAUUGCGCGACAUGUAUCCCGACAUGUUUUCACUUCAAACGGCUGGAAUCCUUCGAGAUAAAGAGAGAUUAAUUUUGGAAAGGGUUGAAGCUGACGCUGAAAAUUCCACACCACGACCUUUAGUGGCCAUCGAUUGGAUGCUGCUGCUGCUCAAGGAGACAUCGACGCACAAUCGUUUUGCCGAAAAAUCCAGCCAUUUAAAACUUGUUGAAGCUGUGCUUGCCUUCAAGAAAAGCUGCGGGAACACGAUCAAAUUUGGAACCCACAACAUCCCACAUGCACUUAUUCAGGCUGCUAUCAUAAUGGUUUACGCUUUCGGAUUGCUUACGUUGAUGGCGCGUAACCUAGAAGACGACAGUGAUGAGGAGAAUCAUUUGGCAAACAACAUCGUUUCCUUCUUUCCUAUUUUACCUAGCAUGCAGUUUUUCAUUUUUCUUGCCUGGUUGAAAUUUGGACGAGCCGCCGUAAAUCCGUUCGGAACUGAUGAGACCGACAUUGACAUCAAACACCUACUUAAAACUCAUAUUCAGGAUUCCCUUCGGCUAACAAGGCUCUAUACUCAGAAUCUUGAAGACUUUUUUGGCACUAUGCCGCAUCACCAGUAUAACGAAACAGAUGUUGUCCAUCUCUGACGUCGAUACACAUUAUCCUAUAGCAUUUUCAAGUUUACAUGAGCUUCGGGAGAUACACUUUGAUGACGUAUCACACAUUUAAUAACCAAUCGUACCAGUGAAGCAGAUUUUAUUCCUUGGAUUGACAUGUAUAAAUUUGUACGAGAAAAAUGGAAAUAGAAAUAUAUAGGCGUGUAU